ACUGGGGUUGGGCUGCGUCUCGGAGCAUCUCGCUCAUUCCAUCGCUCUCUCGUUCGCUCGCUAGCGGCUCAGCCGACCGGCACUGUGAGAGGAUAUUGUGGUCAACUCGCCUGAGAGAGAGAGAGAGAGAGAGAGAGCGGAGGAAGAGGAGAGAGAGAGCGCGGAGUGCGGCUCAGUCUCAUCCACUCUCACUUUCCUCUCUGUGACUGAGACACCGGUUGGCUUUCUGCGUAGCCCUACCCAAGAAUGCCAAGUCUGACGUCAAGGCCCUGAUGGCGAAGUUUGGCUCGAAGCCCCCGGGGGAGGAGGUGGCUUCUGCUGUAGGCCCGCGGAUGCUCAGACCCAUUCCUCAUUCCUCCCUCCAAGCUGUCAAGACUUCGGUAGCCAGUCGGGCAGCCGGCUUCGAGAGCACAGCUACCCCCAAGCCCUCGGGGUUGAAGCCCACCCUAUCGUUCAGCGAGCACUCUGGCUCGGCCGGGCCUAAACCCAACCCACCAUGGGUGUCCUUUCCGAAGCCCGGGACAACUGCAAGGACCCAAACCGAGGGCCUGACUCCCCAAAAGGAGGCCAAACCGAGUUUCGUGAAGCCGGGCGUUGGGACAAAGUCCUUGGUCAGUGCGUUCAGCGUCCAGGCGGGGGAGGAGAAGCCAGUCAUCCCCAAGCCCCUGGUCGGGCUGAAGGCCGUGACAGAGACCCGGGAUUUGCAGAAGGAGAACGAGAGCCGCUUCACGAAGCCCCCGCCAUUCGCCAAACCCCUCAAUCCCGGCAACAGCUACGAGAAGCCGGCCUUCCCCAAGCCCUCAGGCCUCAAGCCCAGCCUGGGGGACAGGUCUACCUUCCCCAAGCCCGGGCCGAAGCCUGGGGCUGAGUCUGUGGCUGGGCACAAGGACAGUGUGGAGAAGGCAGCGAAUGAGGAUGGGGCUGUCGGGCGUUUCCCCCUCAGGCCGGUGAAGCAGAUCUCGGGCCAAGGCCUCAAACCCACCACUUUCCUGCAGAAACCCAAAGCUGAGGAGCACAGCACAGCCCCCCCCAGCAUCCGGCCCAAACCCAAAGGCCAAUUCCUGGCCAAACGUCAGAGUAUGGAGGACAGUGAGGAGGGGAAGGGCCUGGAUACACCGAAGAGGAAACCUCUCCCCGCGACCUGGACCCUCGGACCUCCACCCCAAAAGCCCAGCCGCCCGCCCUCCAUCAACCUGGACAAAUUUAAACAGCAACAGGACAGGCAACCGGCAAUCCCACCAGCCUUUAACAAACUGGCUAAUAAGCAGCCUCCGGCCCCGGCCCCGGCAGGACCCAGUCUGCCUCCCAGGCCACAGCCCGGGAAAGCUCCAGACAACACGCUGCCGAUGGACGAGGAGGAUCAGAACUAUGAUGAUGUCUCCCCAGCAGGACCCUUACCUCCCCCGCUCCCCCCACUGAAACUAGAAGAUCGCCAGAAACGGUCAAACUCUCCCGAAGAGAACGAGGAUUCCGGUGGAGAGAUGUAUGAGGAUCUGGACAGCUACAGGUCACGGAAGGACAUCAAGGAAAUGGAGAAGAAAAGAGAAAAGGAUGACAGGAAGCGACAGGAACAGGAACGGAGAGAACAGAGAGAGAAAGAAAAGAAGGAACAGGACAUUCGGAAGCGGUUUAAGGUGGUGGGAGCAAUUGAGGUGUUCCAGAUGGUGAAAGCUUCGGUGGAUUACAAGGGCGGGAAGAACGAUUUAUCCUUCAAACAGGGUGAAAACCUGGAGGUGAUUCGCAUCACGGAUAACCCCGAGGGCAGGUGGCUGGCUCGGACAAUGGAUGGUUGCUGUAAGUAUCUUGAUGCUCCUCUAUAUCGCUUAUUUAUUCUAGGGGAGAUGACUGUAAGCGCUCUCGAAGAGGAAGGUCUUCGGGUGUGA